AUGGCGCCCCUCUCUCCCACUCAACCGGAUAAGCUUCUACACAUAACUGCCCUGACGCUGUCGAGGUCAGGGUCGCGACCGUCGAAGAUCCUAUCGCUCGUUGAUGCCCAGCAGGGUUACCGCAACUUCAGCACGAACAAGCGUGCGCACGAAGAUGACGAGAAGCCGAUGAUGCGGUCAAGCGAUAGUUUCAAGGACUUCAAGAUGGCGUUAUCCUGCCUCAUCUGA